AUGGCUGAUGAUGGAAAAUCCCCCAGGACGCUGAGUUGGGCUGGUGAGCCCACUAUGGCGAUCUCUGUUGGCGUGCAAUGUCACUCCGUUGGCGUGCAAUACAACUCUCUGGGAGUGCAAUGUGACUCCAUUUGUGUUGCGAUACGACUCUCUGGGCGUGCAUCUGACUCCAUUGAGGAGUCCAUUGUCCAAUUACCUACCAGCUGCUCCAUGCUGGAUCGCGAAGUACAGACCAACAUUGACAGCCGCUCCAUGCUGGAUCGCGAAGUACAGACCAACAUUGAUGGCCAAGAUGAGCUAUCCAUGGACUACUCUAAUGAUUGGAUGUAUGAGCCUGUUCUUGAGUCGGAUUGUGGCAAUUCACUGCACCCUGAAGAUCAACCAAUCAACGAACGAUCUUAUGAUGAUCUUGCAUAUAUUCCAUCAUCAGCCACUUGCAGCGAUCCUUCCGCUGAUGUAUCUCACGGUACAUCGAUUCGUCUGGAAGCAGCGAUCGGGGCGAAUGCGGAUGUCUCUGAUUCAUCCAGCUCUGGAUGUAACGAGUCUAAUAGUUGCGAAGCGCUGCAGGAGAUGAUCAUUAGGCCCGUCUCACCCACAUUAAAGUCACGAUUACGCCAGAAUAAGCGAGCCGUCAUACCCAAAGCCCCUGCAGCACCCUCUCGGAGAGAGGGUUCAUCCAAACCUGGACGGCCCGUCGUGUUUGCGACCCAAAGGACUGUAGUUACGGAGAAAGGCAAAGUAGGUCGGCAACAGGUGAAAUCACCAAAAUACACCAUUCAAGAUCUCGUUCGUGAGUCCCAGACAGGUGGACACAAUGUUGCCCCUUUCAUUUCCUCAUUUCUCAUGGAUCCGGACGGCAUGGAUUUCGUGCAAUCCACCAUAGGCUCCUCUCAUGAUUCAUGGUUGUGCGUCGCUCGACACAUUGCAUCACUCCUCCGCCAUGAAUGCCUGUCGGGUGCUAUGAGUAAGAUGGCAGCGUCACUGAUGUCAGUUGACAUGUGGAUGAAGGAAAUUUCUAUUGAGUGCAAGAACGCACUGGCUAAUGAGACAGGAGUUGCAGUUCUUCCCCCGUUGGCACAUUGUGUGAUCGUCGAACUUUCAGCACGUGCCCUAUUGGACGAGGAAUCCGUUCGUUCUACAUUGCACAGUAUUUGGGUGAGUUAG